ACCGGCUGGUGUCCCGCCUCCCAGGCCCCGGCCUGCCGCGUCGCGCAGUCCCGCUGCUUCCUUUCCUUCUCUCCUUCUUUCCUUCCUUCCUUCCUUCCGCCGGGCGCGAUGGGGCCGGGGCGCCAGGCAGCCGCGGCGGUGCUGGCGCUGCUGUGCGCGGGCUGCGCGCUGCGCCCCGGGCGCGCCCAGUACGAGCGCUACAGCUUCCGCAGCUUCCCGCGGGACGAGCUGAUGCCGCUCGAGUCGGCCUACAGACACGCGCUGGACCAGUACAGCGGCGAGCACUGGGCCGAGAGCGUGGGCUAUCUGGAGAUCAGCCUGCGGCUGCACCGCCUGCUGCGCGACAGCGAGGCCUUCUGCCACCGCAACUGCAGCUCGGCGCCGCAGCCCGAGCCCACCGCCGACCUCGCCCGCCACCCCGAGCUGCGCCUCUUCGGGGGCCUGCUGCGCCGCGCACAGUGCCUCAAGCGCUGCAAGCAGGGCCUGCCAGCCUUCCGCCAGUCGCAGCCCAGCCGCGAGGUGCUGGCGGACUUCCAGCGCCGUGAGCCCUACAAGUUCCUGCAGUUCGCCUACUUCAAGGCAAAUAAUCUCCCAAAGGCCAUUGCAGCAGCUCACACCUUUCUACUGAAGCAUCCGGAUGAUGAAAUGAUGAAGAGAAACAUGGAGUAUUAUAAGAGCUUGCCUGGGGCUGAGGACUACAUUAAAGACUUGGAAACCAAGUCAUAUGAGAGCCUGUUCAUCCGAGCAGUGCGGGCCUACAAUGGCGAGAACUGGAGAACAGCUAUCACGGACAUGGAGCUGGCGCUCCCCGACUUCUUUAAGGCCUUUUAUGAGUGCCUCGCAGCCUGUGAGGGCUCCAGGGAGAUCAAGGACUUCAAGGAUUUCUACCUUUCCAUAGCAGAUCAUUAUGUAGAAGUCCUGGAAUGCAAAAUACAGUGUGAAGAGAACCUCACUCCUGUUAUAGGAGGCUAUCCUGUCGAGAAGUUUGUGGCUACCAUGUAUCAUUAUUUGCAGUUCGCUUAUUAUAAGUUGAAUGACUUGAAGAAUGCAGCGCCCUGUGCAGUCAGCUACCUGCUCUUCGACCAGAAUGACAAGGUCAUGCAGCAGAACCUGGUGUACUACCAGUACCACAGGGACAAGUGGGGCCUCUCAGAUGAGCAUUUCCAGCCCAGACCAGAAGCAGUUCAGUUCUUCAACGUGACUACGCUCCAGAAGGAGCUGUAUGACUUUGCUAAGGAAAAUAUAAUGGAUGAUGACGAGGGAGAGGUUGUGGAAUUCGUGGAUGACCUCUUGGAAUUGGAGGAAGCGGGCUAGCCCACAGCAACUGACGAGACUUCGCCUUGCUGUUCAGGAAACAGUCUUUGCUCUCCUUUUCCCAGUGUCCCAGGUUGUUGAUACCUCAGAGCCUCCCCUUUGCUCUGUGAUAUGAAAGGGAAGCCCCGGCCCCGGACUGCAGGUGACAGGGGUGAGCCUGUCUGCCCGGUGUUGACCCCUCUCCUCCGCAUGUUCACUCUGUCUUUCACCUGUCUUGCCCAUCCUCACACCUGCCUUCCCAGGGUCCAGACCUGUCUUUCUGUGGGUUUCCUGCCUUCCCCCAUGUUCACACCUGCCUUCCCCAUGUUCACACCUAUUGUCCCACGUUCACCUGUCUUCCUCAUGUCCACACCCACCUCCCCCAGGUUCACAUGUGCCUUUCUCACCAUUUUGGCUGGGAGGACAGUCUUCCAUGGUUUGUUGGUCCUUCUUCCCCCAGAAAAAUCAGUAUUAUUUUUUAAAUAAGGAAAACACUCCUAAAGGAUGAUGAUUGUGAAAACCUUC